CAGAAAAUGAAAACAUAUCGAAAGCAAACAUAUACAUACAAAAUUCAUUGAUUUUGUCAACGUAAAACAUAUAGCGCACGGCAUAUAGCAACUCCAAUUGGAAUACCCCAGUGAAGUUAAUCGAAUUAGAAACGCUGGAGCGGAGCGGCAAGUGUGCGGCGGCAAUGCGAACGGACUGAAUUUGGAAGCCCCGUAGCGAAGGCUUUUCACCUGGGCCGCUGUCCAAUCAGAACGCUGCUCCCAAUCAGAAGUGGCAGGUGGCGAGGGCGGGGGGCGCGACCGAAAAAUCCCGAUACGGGGGGCACGGUAGUGUUGUGUUGUUGUUGUCGUUGUCGUUGUUGUUGUGUGGAAAGGAUAGGAAAUCCAAAACCAAGCGAGUGGUAAUGGAAAAAUGACCAGCAGCAGCAGGAGCACGGACCACUAGCUAAUACGGAUACGGCCGUAAAAUGCCCCGGAACACUUGCAGGCCAAGUGAAUGCGCAGCAGCUAGCCAGGAUCAGCAACAGCAACAGCAUCAGCAUCAGCCGGAGGCGAAUGCGAGCAAUAACAACAAUAACAAUAACAUCAAGCAGGAACUGGAGGCGGCUCCGCCGGUUUGCCACCGGAAAUCGGAGCGCCGGAGAGUGGCACGCGACAUCUUUCUGGUCUUCGAGGAGCAGACCACCCGUCGCCGGGGGAAGGGGGCGCGGGGCAAGGCGACCAGGGCCAAGCAAAAGUUCGGACACCUGAAGGUGGCCAAUACGCCGCGCAUCAACAAGAAUGUGCUGCGCGAGAUCAAAACGGAACCAAAGUGCAGCGCGGAUGCAGUGGCUGCUCCCAUCGCAGCCAUCCCAGCUAUACCCGCCAUCACACCCAUUCCCGCACACACGAAUCCCAAAGCGGCGCCUCCGCAUCCUCAACUGGCGGAGGAGCAGCCGCCAGCAGCCAAAUCAUUGCCGCGUGCGUCAGCCGUGAAAUUGGAAACCAAAACAACAGUCUCAGCACCCAAGCGGAUAAGUCCCAAGCCCAAGGCUACCGGCGCUCGGGAGGAGCAGAAGCUGGAGGAGAAGAAGGUGGUGUCGGUGGCAGCAACUCCUGCCCCACAACCAUUAGUUCCCAUUCCCAUUACCGGUACCGUGCCCGCACCCACCACAUCGCCGACGACGCCCAGCGUCAAUCCCAUCUUCCUGUGGGUCAAACAGGACGACACACGCAUCGUGGAGGUGCGCUGCGAGGACUACGACAAGCGGAACAGGAUACGCCUGACCAAGACGACGAAUGGCUGGCGCUCCAUGCCGCGCACAGAUGCUUCCUCAACUAGGAUAGUCAAAUUCUUCCAUGGCUCCGCAGCGCCCCUAAUGAAGGUCAAGCGGGAGCAGCACCUGCAGCGACUGGAGGAGGACGAGGACCACAUGCAGAUGCAGAUGCAGCAUCACCAGGAGCUCGAACAGCUAGAGGAUCACGAGCGGGAGCGGGAACAGGUGCAGGAGCAGGAGCAGGACCAAGCGGAGCAGCAACUGCCCUCCAUGGCGCAGAGUCUGCUGCACGAUUGGGAUGACAGUGCCACGCAAUUGCCAGAUGAAAUCGAAGAUGGAGAGGAGGAUCAAGAUCAGGAUCAGGAGGAGUUGCAGUUGGAGCAGCAAGCCAAUCCCACAGCACAUCAGAAUGGCCACCUGACCACCGUGCUCGAGGAUGUGGUGGUGCUGCCACCUGUCCAAGAGCCCUGUUUCGAUGGUCUCAUGGACAGCGAGGAGACGAAUGCCUCGACCAAGGCCACCAAGACCAACACGCCCACAUAUCAGAGCUCCACGCCAUCGCCACUGCAAAUGCAGCUGUGUCCCAAGACGGGUCUGUUCCUGCCCAAGGGAGAUCUUGCCCUGGUCCAGCUGCCCGAGGAAGAUGUUCAUCUUCCGGAGGAGGAUGAGGAUGAGGACGUGGAGGAGGAGGAGUCGGAGGAGGACAAGCCAAUGACCGGAACGGAGCAUGUAGAGUGUUUCGAUGCCAAUGCCAAGAAUCUGAAAGAUCUGCUCGACGAUGCCGACGAUCUGCUCCAGAAUUGCAGCAGUGACAACGGCAGCAGUGGGGCGGAUCUGCUCGACUCGCUGGUCAAGCGCAGCUGCGAGGAUAAUCUCGUCCAGGAGAGCAGCACCGGCAGUACCGGGAACAAUCCGCAGAACUCCUCCUCGUCCGGCGACGAACUUAGCUCCUUCUGUGUGCCCGAUCUCGACAAGGACCUGCCCAGCAUUCUCAACAUGGACAGCGACGAUGCGCCCAAGUGUCUGUCCUUCAACGAGGCCGGCGAGAUCGAGGGACUGAACGGAGAGCUCUUCCUGGGCAUCGAGGCCUUCGAGAAGCAGCAGGAGACGGUGGCCACCGAGCCGGAGCCCCAACCGCCCACACCGGCCACCGUGGAACUGACCCAAACGCCCACGCCUACGCCGACGCCGGAAAAGGAGAAGGAGAAGGAUAAAUCCGGUGCCGGAGCGGACGAGACGCCCAAGGAUCUGAGCUACAAGAAGCGCGAGGAGGUGUGUCCGCCCUCGGAAUCGCGCAGUCAGUGUGCGGUGACCUCCAGCUCGGACAUACUCAAAUCUCCGGACCGCGACCUCCAGUUGCCGGCCAACUCCAUACCUGCCGAGGUGGAGACCACCUCGGAAACCAUUAAAAAUCUCAUCCUGGAGCAGUUCCUCAAGCUGAACAACAAUCCCCAGCAGGCGGAGCCCAUGGAUUUGGGCAAGGCGGGUCGCGACGGCAAACUGGAAACGGUGGUCAUCGACGACGAGGAGGAUGAGGAGGAGGAGUCCAGUCAGCCGCUGAAGAAGCGGCCCAAGGCCAGCAUCAAGAUGGACAAGGAUCCGGACGCGCUCACCCAGCUGAAGAUGCUGAUCAGCAAUCCGCAGUGGAAGGUGCCCGACCCCAUUCUCGUGCCCAAGGAUCGCCUGGGCGCGGUGUUGGCCUCGCCGGCGCGAGAGAUUCCCCUGCUGCUGACCACACGGCCGGAGCUGCGUCUUCCCGAGGCCUUUGCCUAUCCGGAGAUCAUCCAGAAUCCCAACAUUCUGGUGGUCACCAUGGAGCAGCUGGAGGCCAUCCUCCAAACCGAGUCGGAGCAGGCGGCCAAGGCAAGCAAGGCGACCAAGGACCCCGAUCCGGUGAUCGUGGUGCCCAGCAAGCCGCGCAGUCCCAGUCCCAAGCAGGCACUGCCCAAACCCGUGCUGGCCCAGCCGAAACCACCGGCAGUUGCUCCUCCGGUGGCCCCCACUCCGCCCUCGCCGGCCGACAGCAGCCUCUCCACGGAUCUGAAUGCCACCACACUGGCGCUGUUGCAGCAGAUGCUGUGGCUUCCCUACUUUGGCCAGCUGUCGCAGGAGUUCUUCAAGACCAUCAAGGAUCCGCUGGGACUGCAGCGGAAGUUCAUGAGCAAUCUGCUGCCCCUGUACAACAGCCAGUUUGGACUGCAGCAUCUGGACGAGCUGUAUAAACAUUGUAUGAAGCAAAAGCCGGCGGAGGAGCAGCAGCCGCAGCAGCAGCAGCAGCCCAAGGUUCCCACUCCAGUGGCAGCUCCUCUUCCUCCUCCUCCUCCUGCGCCUUCGCAUCCUCCUCCGCAUCAAAGCACGGCCAGCGGAUCGAACGCUUUCAAUGGCUUCUCCAAUCCCGUCGAACUGGCCCUCAUGCAGAAGCUUCUGCAGCCGCAAUUGCCGCAGUUCCUCAACUGGGAGGCCGCCAAGGAGGCCGCCUCAUCAUCAGCCACAUCCUCGGCCACCUCGCAUCAUCCUCAUCAUCAGGAGCACAAGCGGCCGCGAAGGGAACCGGAAAGCAAGCCACCAUCCGGUCCAAGCACAUCUGCUGCUCCACCCGCCACUGCUGCCGUUGCUGCUGCUGCUGCUGCUCCGGUGGCCAACACUCCUGCUGCUCCGGCGCCAGCGCCAGCGCCGGCGGAGCACAAACCCAGACUGACCAUUAAAUCGCUCUCGAAUCUGCUGGAACCGGAGGCGAACGUGGUGCCCCUGCUGAACGUGCCGUUCGACGGCAUGCGAGGACGUCCCUCCCUGCACAAGUCGGCGCCGGAUCAGGUGAAGGUGGACGCCGGCACCGGACGCACUCUGCGCUCCAGCAAGGCCUGCGUCACCUACAAUCCCCUCGAGCAGGCCAAACAGCAGCUGCACCCAGUGGCCGGAUCCCAGCAGCAGCGGAAGCGGGGCAACAUGCUCGCCCAGGAUGUCCAGCAGCAACAGCAGCAGCAGCACCAACAACAACAGUUCGCGGAUGCGGCGGCGGCAGCCGGAAUGGAUGCCAACUCAGCGCUGUGGCAUCCCCUAUUCGGAAGCAAUCCCAAGCAGGGCUACAAUAGUCCUUGGCAGUGGACCACGGUGACGGCCUCUGGCGAAUGACAGUCAAGCCGGGCUCACAAGGAGCCAGCACCUGCAACGGGAACAAGAACGGCCAUCUACGAGGAGCAGCAACAGCAGCAGCAACUUCAGCAGCAACAGCAGCAGCAGCAGCAGCAGGACUACAGCAACUACCAUGCCUCGGCCAAACAGCAGCAGCAGCAGCAACAGCAACCACAACUUCCAGCAGCCAACAAUCAAAAUCACAGCAACAAUAGUAGCAAUAAAUUUUGUUAUCCUACGGCGGCGGCCAUGGAGAAUAUGUCAAACAAUCAGAUGGCGGCCGCCGCCGCCGCACGUGAAUCGCUGCUAAAUUCAUAUCUGUAUCAGAAAGAAAGCGAUCCCAGCAAUUAUAUCUCGGAGCAGAGCUACUGGCAGCAGCAUCAGCAACAGCAGCAACACCAACAGCAGCAGCAGCAGCAACACCAACAGCAUCAGCAACAACAGCAUCAACAGCAACAGCAUCAACAGCAACAGCAACACCAGCAGCAACACCAGCAGCAACAUAAACAUCUCCAGCAACAGUGGAGCGGUAAUAAUGGCGGCAGCAGCAGCAGCAACAACCAAAGGAGCAACAACUAUGCCAACAACUAUGCGGCGGCAGCAGCAGCCUCCAUGUACAUGCAACACUUCAAUCCCUACAUGCAACAGAAGGCGGCACUGCUGGCGGAGAAGGCCGCCCAGGCGGCGGCAGCAGCGGCGGCGGUCCAAAACAGCAGCAACAACAACAACAACAACGGGAGCAACAAGCACGGACGCUUCGUUGGCGACUACGGCUAGAGUCCACUGGGAUCAGCGUUCUACUAACCGGAACCGGAUCAAAAAAAACACUUGCAUAUUAACAUAAACAUAUAGGCAUAUAUAACACUUACGUGUAAUAAUAACUAUAUAUUUAGAGGCAUCGUAUAGGCCGUUUUACCGCCAGGAAUUGGUAAAGGAUAAACCAAGAUUUUCCUUUAAUUUAAUACACAGGAACAGCAACAACAAGGUAACCGGAAAGCAACAACAAUAAUUUAUAAACAACAAACAAGGAGAAAAACAAAAACAGAAAACCACAAAAAAAAAAAACACAAAACUUAAAUUGAAUUAGUAAAAAUUUGUUAUUGGUAGUUUGUUAACAAAAAAAGGAAAAACAAAGAUGAAAAGAGAAAAACGAAAAACAAAAAAAAACACGAAAAGUAAACAAAAAAUAAUGUAGUAGAGCGAUGAGAAAGCGGAAGGCAAAAGAAAAAACCUAAUUAUUGUAUUAUUGUUAACCAAAAUCUAUUAUUAUUAUUAUUAUCUCAAGCUGCGUUAUAUUAUUAUUAUUAACUCGUGUGUCUGUAUAUAGCGUUUUUAUCUAGAUGUAUUACACUUAGUGAUCCCUGAACCCCAUCCCCAGAUCCCACUCCAUCAAUCCUUCUUAUCGCCAGGACAAUCCUCGGACCCCCAGACCCUCACAAAAAAAAAAAAAAAAAACCAAAAGAAACGAAAAACCGCAGCGCUAAAAGGCAAACAACCAAUUUUGUAUUCAUUCCGAAAUGUGUUUUCUUUUUGUUUUUACUAGUUAUUACGCUGAUUAUUUAUGAACACGAUGGAAAUGAAAAUGGAAAUCCCUAACAUGUGCAAUCUAACAUUUAUGUUCUAGAUACAAAAACCAAACACAAGAAUCACAAAACUUAUUAACGCGAAAAUGGCAAAGCAAACAGCAUGAAAAUGCAAAUGAAAAUGAAAA